GCCCCGGCGGCCUCCGUCGAUGAAAGACGAAAAGCAAGUAAUCGCGGGCGAGCAACAGCCUCGCGGUGUACACGCGCCCGCGAGUCGCGGUGGAAGGUAGAGAGGAUUGGCGGAGAUGCGGCUCAGGAUACCGACUAUACCCGAGCAGUUUCUGGUUGGUUGGUAAGUGGGACUAGCGGGGACUCAUAGGCUCGUAGCGUCCUACGCGAGGCCGCAGUCGGGCGCAAACCCCGAAACAAUCUCAUCGCGAGAGAAGUUUACCUGUCGUCUAUCGCCAUCGUCGAGCGCACUGCGACACUGUCCGUCUGUCUGUCUCUUCCUCUCUCUCUCUCUCUCUCUCUCUCUCUCUCUCUCUACUUCUCUCCCUCUCCCGAGAGGAGCCAGCAACACAUCCCGUUCAUCCCGGUGAACGAGGCUGCCCUGGAACGCGGAAGAGGGUGUGUGCGCGCCGGAGAAGACGGAAACAUCAUCGCGAAGCUAUCGGAUCUCCUGGGUGUCGAAGCACGACGGCAGUAACCCGUCGCGCGAGCCCGGAGGAAGAGGACCUCGCCGAGCCACCGCGAAGCCGUCCACCAACGUUGGCGGCCGCUGCUCGCUCACCUGGAUCGCAGUCGCCUGGGUUAGUGCGUACGAGAGUCAGCGGCGGAGUCGCAGCACGGGCGCGCGCGCGCGCCUCUCCGGAGAGACGGAAGAGAGACCGGGGUCAGGAUCGAGACAUCGACCUACCCAGGAGAGCUGUCAGCGCGGACGCGUUGGGGCAGGCCAAUACGCAGCGAUCCUAUAAGCGACACCCCGAGGAGGCCCGACAAUAUCUCGCAGUGAUACCGCGAGUUCGUCUUCACGAUAAAGAAACUCGAGGAGAGGUACGCGUCGCGCCGAGAAUACAAAGCCGGAAGUAGCACCUCGCCGAAGCAGCGAUGUCAAGAAUGCGAGCUAUCAGGUGGUGCGUUUUGUUCGCGCUGCUGACGACGGUACUGGCUGUACCGGCGUCGCCGAAGGUGCGUCCCGAGGAUUCAACAACCAAGGGCAAGAAAACGACCACGCCGAUCGCGCCCGGCGCAGGAAGCGUGAAGGACGGUGCCGCCUCGACGGUGAUUACCGCGACCACGGCGUCGAGACCAAUCGCGAACGCGACGUUCCCGUACACCCCGAAGAACGCCACUUCGCAUCCAUCAUCGUCUUCGUCGGCGCCUUCCUCGUCGCUGGCAGCGGCGACCACUACGACGGCGGCGGCGACGAUGACAGCGGCAACAUCCGCGCCAACGUCCACGGCAACGGCAGCGGCGGAAAUAGCCGUUACAUCCGCCACGACGACGCUGAAGCUGCCGACGAUCUCGCCGAUCGUCACGAUAACGACGCCGUCGCUGCCGUCCACGGCGGCUCUCACGGCGAACGCGACCUCCGCCGACCUGGACGCCGUCGUCACCGGCUCGAGUUCCACCUUCACCGAGACGUCGCCGCGGAUCGCGCCUACCCAGAACACGGCUACGGUGUUGUCGAGGAAAUCGACGGCUGCUGCGGCCGCGGCCGCCGCCGCCGCCGCCGCCGUCGCCGUCGCCACCGACGUCACGACCACCGCGCCUUUGACGUCGGCCAAAGAAACGCGAGAGUCGCCCGGAAAGAUCAGACCGCAAAUCAAACUGACGACAAAUUACACCAGCGAGACGGGGGUGCGACUGCCGGAGGGAGCGAGCGCGGCUCUCGCGAAGCCGACAAAAUACCACUACUACCCGCACAAUCAGCAUAUCUACCUGCUACCGGAGUGCGCCGUUCAACAAGUCUGCAAUGCCGUUUACGUUAGGCUGAACUUCACGCAACCUCUGUGCGCCUGUCCCGGCAGAUACCGGGACCCCUGCAGCGCAUCCUUGGACAGUGACGAUCACCACACGACCGAGCUGGUAACCGACCCACGAACCAAGGUUAGUGAAAACGUCGAACACGUUUUUUUAGCGAGAAAGAGAGAGCGAGGUAGAGAAACAAGUCGAGAUAAGGUAACCCUUUCUCUCCAUUGAAAACCUCUACGAGCCAACUUCUUGACAAAUUAAUUAAUAAUCAUAAGGUAAAUGUCCCAAUAAUUAAACUUUGUCCCUUGAUGGAAUCAUUAAAAAUAUUUAAAAUUAUUUGUAUUUAAAUAUUUCCAAAAAAGUCUUUGAGAUUUUGUCAAAAGAUAUUUCUUUAUGUCUUCCCAAUUUGUAAUAUUACUUAAUGAUCAUUCUAAUUACUAAGUCUGUACUAAGUACUAAGUACUAAGUACUAAGUACUUAUUCAAUAAUUAGAACAUGAUUCAUUUUUUAGUUCAAUUACUGACACAACUGACAUCAUUUAAUAUAUCUUAUUAAAAUUAUAAUUGAUAUAAUCGCUGACAAACUAAGAUUCUAGGUAAACGUUAAUUUUCUUGUAAUUUCACUAGUUACUUAUUAAUAAAAAUGCAAAACUGAUUGUGCGUUCUUAUCAUUGGAACAUUUACCUUAUGUCUGUCUUUGUUUUUCAUUCAACUUAGACAAAAAUAGAUAUAUGUUUUAACUAUGAGUUAACUUAUCAAGAAGUUGCAACAACCCGCACUACAAUUUUAAUUUCUAAUCAUUUAAACACGUAAAUACUUAUUACUGGAAGGGGAAGAAAAGAUCCAUAGAUAUUUCACGAAAGAUUAAUAAAAGAAAAAAAAAACAGUGAAAUUUCAUGGUCAGUCGAUACAAUUUUUACGCAUUGUAAGCCACAAAAUCACACCUGAUCGAUAUAUCAUUUUAUUUUAACCUCUUCAGCGCCUAAUUUUCUCACAAGUAAACCUAUCCGAA